UGUGUGUGUGUGUGUGUGUGUGUGUGUGCGUGUGUGUGUGUGUGCGUGUGUGUGUGAGUGUGCGCGUGCAUGUAUGCGUGUGUCCGCACGACGCAAAUGUAACAGGGUUUAUGGAGGACUAAAAGCAAACAAUAAGCCAUUAGCAGCAGCAAACAGCCUGAUACAUAACCAGCUAUGGUCGCUGGCCACGCAUCCACUUUAAUAUAAACCACCGCCAUUGGAUCUGAUGCAGGAACUGAGGUCUACCAUUUAGACUCACUUUUUGGAAUACAAACAACGGCAUAUUUUUAAUGCUAAGUAACAGCAAGUGAAAAUGGAUGAUGGAAAACGAAUUACAAUGAGUCUUAAAGAACAAAAAUUAGAGCCACUUAUUUGGUUUGCAUUGAUUGAUACUUUUGUACAAGUUUUCCAAAAAUAUUAUUAUUAUUUUAUAUAUUUUCCAUGAUAAAGGCCAGAAUUGUUUUUGUUUCUUUUUUUUCAUCUUCCUGAUGCUGUAAAAUAUGUUUUUGUCACUUAAAUAACCAGCAAUAUUUUGCAUGGAGCUGAAUGACCGCGAAAAAUAUUGAAGAAUUUUUCACUCUCUACUUUCUCCACUGUAGGGAGCCCAACAGCAAGACAUGGUCACACGUUGUUCAGGUUCAAUUCUGCUUUAUGAGGCUAGCGAUAAUUACCAUAGUCAGCAGCUCUGUUAUCCACGGCUCAGUCACCAGCCUCACAUAAGAGUAUCUCGUGGACGGAACCCCACGUAUUUUCUAAAAAUCGGUUCAUUUGACUGGUAAAUUGAAUACCUAACAAGCUUGAUUGACAGGGUGACGAAAUGACAGUCGGUGGUGAGUGAGUGACUGAGCAGGCUUGGAGCAUAUGAGCAAAUUCACUUAAUCCCAAGAAGGAAUCAACAACCCAACGAUGGCCAACACAGACGAAUCAGAAUAUGUUUCCAAGCCCACGCCGCGGCUCUGCUUCCUCCGGCGUGACGAGGGCGAGAGGUACGGGUUCAACCUGACCGUGGAGAGGGGCUCCCGGGGUCACCUGGUCCGGAAGCUGGCGUCGCGGGGGGCGGCGGAGCGCAGCGGCCUGCGGGACGGCGACCGGGUCCUGGAGGUCAACGGGUUCUUCGUGGACGACGUGUCUCAAGCCGUGAUGGCCAGGAGGAUCAGGAUCAGCGGAAACCAGCUGUGUGUGUUAGUGCUGGACCAGGAGGGCUACGAGAGGGCCCAGGCCCAGGGGGACGACCUCCUGGCAUUGGUGAAGUCACAUGAGAUGAAGGGCUGCAAGUCACCCAGGCUCUGCCAUGUGACCAGGAACCAAUCUCACUCGGGCCUGGGAGUCAGCUUCAACCCCGUGGAAGGAGAGAAGGGCCACUUCUCGGUGGGCCUGGUGCAUGGGGGGGCCGCCGAGAAGGCAGGGCUGCGCCGGGGAGACCGCCUGGUGUGGAUGAACGGUGCGGCGGUGUCCGACCUCACGCACUCUGCCCUUACCAAGAUGGUGAAGAAAUGCGGCGAUCACAUCACCCUCCUGGUGGUGGACAGCGAGACUGAGAAGAAGUACGUCCAGCAGAAGUGGCCCAUCCUCCCGGUCAUGGCGGUUCCCUGUAACCUGCCCCACCGAGCCAGGAGCCUGGCCCUGGCCCUGGGGCCCCAUGGCUACGGCUUCCUCCUGAAGGAGGGGAAAACGUCUUCAGGACGAACAGUUCACGUGGUGCAGGAGGUGCAUGACGACAGCCCAGCACAGAGGGCAGGUAUGCAGGCGGGCGAGCUGCUGCUGGAGGUGGACUGGGAGUCGGUGGAGUCCCUGGCACACAAGGAUGUGGUGGAGCGAGUCCAACAGAGCAGUCCUCAGAUCACACUCACCAUCAUCUCCGCCCAGGGGCUGGACUUCUACAGCAAGCUUGGUUUAUCUCCGGUUCUUUUCUGUGGAGACGAAGCUGGUGGGGAACAGCAGGAAAGGAACACUCCUUUGCCUUCAGUAACAGAGGAGACCCCAGAGCAGGUUGUAGCUAGCUUGUGUGCUAGCCUAGAGGACUCUGUAGCUAGCCUGUCUGCUACCUCAGAGGAGGUUGUGGAUGGCCUGCCUGCUCAAAGACACUGUGUCAUUGAAAAAGGACCUCUGGGAUUCGGCCUUGACUUUGACUCUGUCCAACACACUUCUGGGACCGUUGUCAGCCAGGUGACUCCGGGGGGGCCUGGCCACAGAGCAGGACUGGCAGAAGGUGAGGUGGUCGUUGAGGUCAACGGACACAAUGUUGAGAGGAAAUACCUGGAAGAUGUGCUCAUGUUGGUGAAGGCAGGUGGGAAACAUCUCUCCCUGGUGGUUAAGAAUCAAAGUCACCACAGCAACGAUCAGGAUCAGACAUGCUCUGGAUUGGAAUCUCAUGACUCUGAGGAGGAAGCUGGAGAUUCAUUUCUUUGAGAGAUAUUCUAAAGGCAUCAGUCAACGUAUAGGCCUACCCCUAAAACUACCUAAGGCACCAUUACUGUGUCAUAUAUAUUAUAAUGAAUCAAUGAUCAGACAAAUAUCUCAGACAAACUAUGAGUGAUCUCAAAUGUACAAAUAAAUUUAAAUGAGCUGUCUUGUGGCAAUGUUUAUAGCAGAAUAUAUAGCAUAUAUAGUACAUAAACAAACAAACACGAUGUAUUAACUGAAUAUAAAAGUAUAAAAAGAAUAAAAAAGAAUGGAAAUUUAUAUUGAAUUUGGAUUCGGGUAAAAAUAAAAUAUAUGUAUUUUAA